UUAGUGUCCUAAAUUUCGGACACUGCGUAGAUAUGUAUGGAUAAUCAUAGAGGACAAAAAAAUCGGUUUUAGUGUUUGAAGGAGAUAGAGACAGUUUCGUGGAGCCCUGCUACCUCUACUUUUGUAAUGCCAGUCUGCAUUUUGGAUUCCUGUCUCUACAUUUGGCUUCCAUUCCUUCCCUCUUUGAACAGCUUACAGUUUUACUUAUCCAUAAAUCUAGGAGCCAUGUCCACCUUGUUUCCCUCCCUCUUCCCCCGUGUGACUGAAACUCUGUGGUUUAAUCUGGAUCGGCCUUGUGUGGAAGAGACAGAGCUGCAGCAGCAAGAACAGCAGCAUCAAGCCUGGCUCCAGAGCAUCGCAGAGAAAGACAACAACCUGGUACCUAUUGGCAAGCCGGCCUCAGAGCACUAUGAUGAUGAGGAAGAGGAGGAUGAAGAUGAUGAUGAGGAUAGUGAAGAGGACUCAGAGGAUGAUGAGGACAUGCAGGACAUGGACGAGAUGAAUGACUACAAUGAGUCACCUGAUGAUGGAGAGGUCAAUGAGGUAGGCAGGGGUGUGGGAUGGGCCUCUGCUCCUGGGCCCCUGCCCCUGACCUAAUUGGUGGCCAAGGGGUACA